AAAAAAACGACGAAAAAACAUAACCUAACAAUCUUGACACUGUGUCAUUUUCGCUAUCCUCGCUAUUUCGGAGCUUAUAGAACGGAAUAAAAAGCUGGUGUAUGAGGGGGCAGGAGAUUUCAAAAAUGGGUAGCUCAGGUGCACGACACUCGAUACUCUAUUUCAUGAGUAUCCAUCACGCUUUGACGUCUACUGAGGUAAACAGCUGAUCAGCUAGUGACACUUUUGUGUUACUCUACAACGUUGGCAGUAAUGAACCGGCUAUUAAGCCGCAUACAGACUUCGCGAGAAGUGCGUUGCGAAUGGUUCGUCUCGCAUGCCUCACGCUUUGUGGACACGUAUAUGUUCACAGUAAGCAUUCGCGUCAAUACAAUCGUUAGGAACGCCGCGCCGCCUCAGUGUCAGUGCGUGCCUUGCGCUGCGUGUGGACGGAGGGGUUGCGUUGCGCGCUCAUGCGUCAUAGAGGCCGAAGGCUGAUACCUCAGGUUGAGGCAUGCGAUAAUUAUUAUGAAUUAUGUAACCUGUGCAGAUAUGGGGAAUUUGAAAUAUUACUAGAUAAUCUGCGGGCAUUCUACCGUGAUGGAUACUCGUGAAAUAGGGUAUAGAGCACCGGAACGGUAUUGACAGGUUGUGGGUAGCGAAGUAACUCAAAUGAGGCACUGGAAAGCUACUUGAACAUUAAAAAUCAGAUAACUUGACAGUACUGACUACUGACAGUCAUAAUAGAUUGCUGAUUUUCUUAUUUUGACGCAACUCUAACCACAGUUUUUCAAAAAUUGUUAGUAAAUGUUUUCAUUGUAAAGUUUCGGUAAUAUUUGUGUCCAAACUACACAAGAAAUGAAUGGGUUUAGCGUCAUAGAACCACAGAAGGAUAAGUGAUCGGAAAACGAGCAGAACCACAAUAAAAGACUACCUAAAAUAGAAACUUCUGUUAAAAAAAGAAUGUUAACACAGGGUUGUUAACAAACUAGCCCCUUGUUUAUACAUGCAUUGAUGAUGAUGGAUGCGGAAGUGCCAGCUUCUGGAGACUUGAUGAAGAUAGAAACGGAGGAGGUUGGAUUCCAGGCACUAGAGGCAGAUACCAAACUUGAUAACGCCUCUUGGAAAUUCAGUGUUGAAUGUGGUAACAAUGGAAUCACAAAAAAUACAGAUUCGGAUGGAACUCCGGUUACAGACCAAAUAAACAUCAAACAUGAAACCAAUGAUUGUUUUGUAGAUGAUCUAGCUUCUAGAGCAGCAAUCUGUUUGUGGAUAUCUGAGGAGCACAAUUACACUAAGGCUAGGAUAAAAAGUGAGCCUGAAGAUGAGCUGAAGGUAGAAAGUUGUGGCAACAGUGAGAAAUAUCCAGUUUUGGAAAAAAUGGAGGAAUUCAUCAUCAAAGAGGAGCGUAACGAUGAUGAUAUGUUCUUAGAUACAAAUACAAGAACAGUUUCUCAUAGUGCUUUGAAUCAGGAAAUCCGGAUAAAGCAACAGUCUAUAGUGGUUAAAAAAUCAAAUCCUGCGCCAUAUUUCUGUUAUAAAUGUGGUUAUUCUACUUUAUUUAAGCAUCGUCUGAUCAAUCACAUUAAAGGAUAUACAAAUAAGGAGGGUAGAAACGUGCACAGUUGUAUGUAUAAAAGUAGAACGUGUAGGCAUUGUGGUGCGAAAUUCACAAUCCAAAGGAGCCUAGAUGACCACAUUAUUAGAAAACAUCCUAAUUUUCUUGGGACCGUUUCUCGUAUUAUUUAUAAGUGUUCAUAUUGUGCGUAUAAAACAACUCGAAAGAGUAAUUAUAGCAGACAUAUAUUAAAACAUUCGGAGACAGCAGGCAAUUGUGAAUUCAGCAGAUGUAUUCACUGCUACGCAUCAUACAGAAGCAGAAAAGGACUGAAUGAUCAUAUUAUCAGAAAACAUCCUGACUUUAUCGCAUCGGUGUCUUGUAAAAUACAUGAAUGUAAACGUUGCGCAUUUAAGACAACCGUCAAGAGUAAUUUUCUUAGCCAUAUUUUGAAACAUUCAGAGGCAGUAGAUGAUUAUAAAUUCAACGUGUGUGUUCACUGUGAAAAAAAAUUCAGAAGUAAAACAGGACUGAAUGAUCAUUUAAUCAAGAAACAUCCUGACUUUAUUGCAUCCAUUUCCAGUAAAAUACAUGAAUGCGCACAUUGCGCGUAUAAAACGGCCAUCAAGAGUCAUUUUUCUUGCCAUAUGUGGAAACAUACAGAUUGGGUGUAAUGCAAAAUUUGAAAAUUCAGGAACACUGAAUAAUCAUUUAAUGAUGUGGAGAAUUUUUGGUCAACAUUAAAGAUCCUGAUUAUAAAAAUAUAUUCAAAAGGAUGCUAAAAUCCUGUAAAGAAUUGGGUUGGCUCAUGAACCUGAAGGUACGUUUCUUAAAUUCCACCUUUCCUGAGAAUUUAGGGGCUGUGAGUGAAGUGCAAAUGGAACGUUUUCAUCAAGACAUCAUAGAGAAUCAAGGAAAGUACGCACCACAAUGAUUGCAGACUACUGGGAUGUGUUCGUAAAUUGUUACGGUGUACUUUGUACUCGGUGUUGCCAGGUGGAGUCGACGAUAUUUCGGCAGAAUUGUAUGGAAUUUUUCGGUAGAUUGAAUACCGAAGAGUAAAUGAAGGCUUAAAACUUAAAACAAUUUUAUUUAACACAAAACACACUCUAAUACAGAAAGACAAAACAAAAAUAAACAGUUCAUAUCUCACUUUAGCUAACUAAAAAUGAAAUAUUCUUAAUAAAAAACAAAAAGUGUAUAAAAUAAAAAGUUUGUAAGCUAUAUUGGAUAAUAAUUCUUCCGAUUCAUUUUUGUAUAAGUUUUUAUCAGUCAUAUUAUCUACUAAUUUUGCUUUGCCAAAUGGUCCAUCAGCAGGAAUGGCAAAUUAAACUAAAAUGCGUUCAAACGAAUUUCUCCUGGGAAUAAUAAAAUAAUCUAUAUAAUCUCAAAUCUCCUCAGAUAGAUUAAUUACUUUUACCUUCUUUAAUAUAAUUUUCUAAUUUCUUUGAUGCAACUGCAAAUGACAACAGUUUUGGCUGUUCUGCUAUGGUUUGCACUUUUUUAUGAAAUUGCCCAUUUGCGUGUUUUAUAAGUGCAUCUCUUCCACUUUUGAUAUUAAUAUCUUUAUCACAGACCAUGCAUUUCGCAUAAUCGCGCCCUUUUUUGCUUUUUUAAGCCAGCCUUGGAAAUCUGGCGAUUCUUCCCAGUCUUCCUUAUAAUGUUGGGCACACGCACGCGAAACAAAAAAAUGACUGCAAGCCAGACAAUACUAACACUGGCCGAAUUCGGAAUUACAAAGUACACGAAAUCAUAUAAAUCGUACAAUACAGGCAUGGACUUGUCACGAGCCGCUAGGUCUAGGCGAUGUAGCCAAAUCAGCGUUAUGUGGCACACCAAUGUCAGGCAAAGAGAAUAAAAAUAUAUCUGGUCUAGUACGAAUAAUAAUAUUUUUGUCAUUCUUUUUAUCGCUAUGCAUCUGAAAUAUUUCUCUUAUAUAGCGAACAAAAAUUAUCCAAUUGACGGAAAAGUCCACCUUCCUGUAGAUUUUGCUUUAAAAUCGAUAGUUCGGUAGACUAGGAUCAAAAUCGGUAGAUAUGGUAACACUGUAACAAUUUCAGCGUUCGUAAUUCUUUGACGUACUUGUUCCAUGUGUUCGGAAAUUGAACAAAGUAAUCCUUUUGAAACGUCAAAAGCGCACUUUUCUUCCCGCGCUUAAAACUUUGGCAUAAGACUUGUCUCUUCUCAUUCUUAUGGAUCAUUGUUUGUUUACUUCGUCUGUUUAUCAAAAAGUAUUCAAAAUUGGCAGAAUAUACAUUUUUUAGGAUAAAUGUUCUAUCUCGUAUCCAUAGCGUUUCAUGUAGUAGAAAAAUGGUGGCAGAAAACGUAGUUAGAAAUAAGUAUGCUGUUAUCAAGUGUCGUUACAAGACUUUGUAAUAAUUUAAGCGUUCUAAAAAUAAAGUUACGCAGUUUUCCAGAGUGUCUAUCUACACUCCUUUUGUACGGUAUUACAUCACCAAGUGAUUUACAAAUGUACCCCUGUUGGAUGGUACAGAUGCUAUACAUAAGCGGAGCCUCAAAGUAAAGAAGCAACGAUUUUAAAUCAGUUCUGCAGCUCAGUUGUAUUAAAAAAUAAAUUAAUAAAAUGAUAAACCUUGCAAAAAAUUGAACGUGUGUGAAAAAACGUGACGUGCUACGGCAAAACAUAUGUUUUAGUUUAGUUUAUUUGCUUUUGCUAAACAUAUGUGGAUAUAAUAAAUAAGUGCGUUCUAUACAGCGUGUCCACAAAUUUGAGAUUUUACACGGGGUGUAUAUCUUGAAAAAAAAUAAGCAUUUACACCAAAAUCUCAAUAUAACAGAGAUAUUAGACUCUACAAAGUCAAACCUAAACCAAAUUUAUUCCUUUUCUUUAUCUCGACAAUGAAAAGUGAGAAGGCAUCUUUAGGAUUGUUAGCAAUUUUAUUGAGGGUUCAAAUAAUUUGUAUGCCUGGAAUACCGUCAAAUGCUUGUGUAGAUGUCUAUUGGAUUUGUAUUUAUUUUGUUUUUUAUUUGCAUGAAGUGAAAUAAAUAUACUACUGACGUCGUAAUGUGUAUGAGAGAGAAACGUUUGAAAGAGAUAGAAGCACCGCGUUGUCUAGCAACCCGAGUGACGAAUCCACCGACGCAGCUGCGGCUUGCCGCGUUGACAUCGGCGCAUUCUUCCUAACACACGGAUUGCACGCUUCUCUCUACGACGUUAGAGGUAUUUGUUUUUCAGUGUAUGGAUCUCACUCUGUAUAUCAUUUGAAGUUAAAUAAAAUCUUGGUAAUACUG